UCUCCGUCUAUGCUCACUCCACUUGUGCCAAACUCAAGCGUGGUUGUUGCACUUCACUCACACUCAAACAAGUUCCACGCUUUUCUCCUUUUUUUUUCUUUUUCUUUUUUCUUCUUUCUCUCAGUUUAUUCUCAACAAAAAUCCAAGAUUUUCUGGGUUCACACAAGCUUAUCCUCUGCGCGCGCGCCUACAAGACCUUCUGAUCAUUCCUCUUUCACUCCAACACCGUCUCAGGGUUGCAAAACGUUUUCGUGACGUGGAUAACUUCUGGGGCGGUGGUUUAAGCUUUGAUCCGAGGGACUGAGAAGAUCUCUCUAGUCUCUUGGAAUUGGGUUUGUCCCGAUGAAGUCUACUAUGGCUCAGAAUCAGAGUAAUUGGGAAGCUGAUAAAAUGCUGGAUGUUUAUAUUUAUGAUUAUUUAAUGAAAAGAAAAUUGCAUGCCACUGCAAAAGCUUUUGUCGCAGAAGGAAAGGUUGCCACGGAUCCAGUAGCUAUUGAUGCACCUGGCGGAUUCCUUUACGAGUGGUGGUCUGUCUUUUGGGACAUAUUCAUCUCAAGGACAAAUGAGAAACAUUCUGAGGCUGCUGCAGCUUACAUUGAGACACAGCAAACAAAAGUUAGAGAACACCAACAACUUCAAAUACAGCAGAUGCAACUAAUGCAGCAACGCAAUGCACAAUUACAGCGAAGAGAUCCUAAUCAUCCUGCUCUUGGUAGUUCCAUAAAUGCUAUGAAUUCUGAAGGAAUGUUGGGACAACAACCAGCAAGUGUGUUGGCAAUGAAAAUGUAUGAAGAUCGAAUGAAACACCCCCAACCAAUGGAUUCAGAGGCAUCUCCAACUCUUAUUGAUGCUAAUAGGAUGGCCUUACUCAAAUCAGCAGCUAGUCAUCAAGGCCAAUUGGUUCAUGGAAAUUCAGGGAAUAUGUCAACUGCAUUGCACCAAAUUCCUGGGCGAACUCCUUUGACCACUGACAUAAAAACAGAAGUUAAUUUAGGUGCCCCUCCAAAGAGUCUGCCUAUGGAUACAUCAGUUUAUCGACAAGCAAUUUUACAAUCAAAAUCAGGGCUAGGCAGUGCAGGAUUAAAUCAAGGUGUUACAGGUCUUCCAUUGAAGGGUUGGCCUCUAGCAUCUGGAAUUGAUCAACUAAGGCCUAAUUUGGGUGUACAAGUUCCGAAGCCCAAUUUGACAACCCAGAACCAAUUUGUCAUGUCAUCACAACAGCAACAGGUCUUGACUCAGAAUAACCUUGGAAAUUCUAGUUAUGGUGACAUGGAUCCUCGUAGGCUUUCUGGUCUUCCUCGAGGUAGCUUAAGUGCAAAGGAUGGUCAAUCUAACAGGAACGAUGGAUCUAUUUGCUCCCAAAUGCAGUCUGAUUCACCUAAGCAGAUGAAGAUGGCCCAGUCACAACAUUCAUUAUCUCAACAACAUGAGCAAUUACAGCAGCAUCAACUGCAGCAGAAUAACAGAAAAAGAAAACAGCAUUCUGGAGCUGCCAAUAGCACUGGUACUGGUAACACUGCUGUUCCUUCACCUAAUUCACCACCAUCAACUCAUACACCUGGUGAUGGAUUAAAUACAGCAAACAACAUGCAGCAUGUUAACAAUGUGCAAAAGAGCAUGAUGAUGUAUGGUACUGAGGCAACAGGAGGCCUUGCAUCAUCGUCCAAUUUACUGGAGGACAUGGAACGAUUUGGAGAUGUUGAUGCCUUAGAUGAUAAUGUAGAAUCCUUUCUGUCAAAUGAUGGUGGAGAUGGUGGAAAUCUCUAUGGAGCAGUGAAACAAAGCCCAGCUGAGCAACAGAAAGAGUCUUCAAAAGGUUUCACCUUUGCAGAAGUUAGUAGCAUAAGAUCGAGAAACAGCAAAGUUACGUGCUGUCACUUUUCUUCAGAUGGAAAGUGGCUUGCCAGUGCUGGAGAUGACAUGAAGGUUGUCUUCUGGAACAUGGACACUUUUAAGACAGAGAACAGUCCUGCAGAACACAAAGCAGUUAUUACAGAUGUCCGUUAUAGACCAAAUUCACUUCAGGUGGCAACUUCCUCAAUGGAUAAAUGUGUGCGGUUAUGGGACACAACAAAUCCUAACCGCUGUGUACAAGAAUAUAGUGGGCACUCGUCACCUAUAGUGUCUCUUGAUUUCCAUCCUAAGAAGACUGAACUUUUCUGCUUCUGCGAUGGAGAAAAUGAAAUUCGGUAUUGGAAUAUUAAUUCUCCCAACAGCAUGCGAGCAACUAAGGGAGGUAAUACACAAGUGAGGUUUCAGCCUAGGCUGGGGCAUUUACUAGCAGCAGGUUCUGAUAAAGGAGUGUCAAUUUUUGAUGUUGAAUCUGACACAAAAAUCUACUCCCUGCAGGGUCAUCCUGAACCAGUGAGCUAUAUUUGCUGGGAUGGAAAUGGUGAAGCCUUGGCAUCUGUGAGUCUUAAUAUGGUAAAGAUUUGGAGUUUGAACUCAGGAGAAUGCAUUCAGGAGAUCAGCUCUACUGGAAGCGGAUUUCAUUCAUGUGUUUUUCAUCCAAGUUAUUCAACUUUGUUGGUGAUUGGAGGAUUUUCGUGCUUAGAGUUAUGGAACAUGAGCGAGAACAAAAGCAUGACAAUUCCUGCACAUGAAAAUGUAAUAUCUAGCAUGGCUCAGUCUUCUGUCACUGGAAUGGUUGCAUCUGCAAGUUUUGACAACUAUGUAAAGGUGUGGAAAUAAAACCCUUAUUUAGAUCCUAACACCACCUAUAUUCUUUAUCAACAGAGACCUUACUCAAAGCAAAAAAGGGGUCUCUGAAUUUAGUUUUCCUUUUUUUUUUUCCCCUUUUUAUAUAAUAGUGCCAAUCCAAACCCCUUACCAUUACCUUAAUCUUAGUUUCCUUCUACGUAGAUGUUGCAAUAAGGUAUACUACUAGACUCACGUAAAUAUAUAUACAAUUUUGCAUUUAGUUGUAAACUUGAAGACAUUGCACUCAGCUGCAGUGCAAUUUUUAUUCAUAGGGUUAAUAUAUUGUAUGUUGAUUGUGAAAACUAGUGGAAUUUUCUCACCACCAUCGUGUGAUAAUAUAUUUCUUUCGCUUUGUGUAA